GGGGUUUUGUGGGGGGAGCCAAGAGUCGAGAUAUGGCGUUCCGAAAAAAAAAAAAAAAAUUAACCCAACCCAACCUAACCUAACUCAGGCUCAGUGUGCUCCGGGAAGCAAAACGGAAACAGCAAUUGUGGAUUUAGAUUCUGGCUGUGGCCAGCUUUCCUUGAGCAGCUGCUGAUUAAAUUAUUCCAGGAUGACGAAGAUGAGUGAAUCACGCAUGGAGUUUCGACUCAAGAACACUCCAAAUGACUGCAUACAGAGUGUCAAGUUUGGCCCGUCAUCGUCACAGUUCCUCCUGGUGGCAUCUUGGGACAAAAGUGUGCGACUUUUCGAUGUGGUGAAUAACAACAUGCGGCUCCAGUACCAGCACUCAGGGCCAGUGCUGGACUGCUGCUUCCAGGAUGCCGUCCAUGCUUACAGUGGGGGCCUGGACGGCCAGCUCAAGACCUUUGACCUCAACACCAACACAGAGUCAGUGGUUGGAUCACAUGAUGCUCCUAUAAGAUGUGUAGAGUUCUGUCCUGAGGUGAACACUAUCAUCACCGGCUCGUGGGACUCCAACAUCAAGCUGUGGGAUCCUCGAGGGCCACGUGAGGCCGGCACAUUUCAGCAGCCAAACAAGGUGUACACAAUGGAUCUGAGUGGUGAGAAGUUGGUGGUAGGAACAUCCAACCGCAAGGUGAUGGUGUGGGAUCUUCGGAACAUGGGCUUUGCACAGCAGCGGAGGGAAUCCUCCUUGAAGUACCAGACUCGCUGCAUCCAAUGCUUCCCCAACAAGCAGGGCUAUGUGGUGUCCAGUAUUGAGGGCCGUGUGGCAGUUGAAUACCUUGACCCAAGCCCUGAGGUCCAGAAAAAGAAAUAUGCCUUUAAGUGUCACAGGCUGAAAGAAGAUGGUAUUGAAAAGAUAUUCCCUGUUAAUGCAAUUAGUUUUCACAAUGGAUACAACACUUUUGCCACGGGUGGUUCAGAUGGCUAUGUCAACAUCUGGGAUGGAUUUAACAAGAAGAGAUUGUGUCAGUUCCAUCGUUACCCAACAUCCAUCUCCUCUCUCUGCUUCAGUAAUGAUGGAAACAUCCUUGCCAUCGCGUGCUCCUACAUGUAUGAGCAGGAGCAGAUUGACCCCAUGCCUGAGGACUGCAUCUUCAUCCGCCGGGUAACAGACCAAGAGACGAAACCCAAGUAAAGUGUGCUCAGGUCAAGUAUCUAAGUCGUCCAGCCCAGAAUGGUCCCCUUACCUCUUUGCUUCCUUGGGCACUCUCAGUAACACGGGUCCAAUGUGUGUCUAUAGGAUGGUGGGACACAGCACUGGUGGUCGUUUCAACCACUAACAGUAAGGGUCUUUAUUAUUGUAUGCCAGCUGUAGAAUGACCUUAGUUUGGAGUAGGAAUAGAAUUCACCUUUGGUUUGCUGUCAAGAAUAAUGGUCAUAGUACUGAUUUUUCCCCCUAUUCCAUAGGAUGUCUUGUAGAGUAGAGUAAUGGUUAAAAGAAGCCAAUGCAAUGUGUUUUCAAGAGAUUUGCAUGCUGUUAAAAAAAAUUGCUUGGUUAACUAAAUCUGUAAGGUGGCAUAGAUGCUUCUGUUAGCUGACCUGAAGUAGUGAUCCAAAAGGCAACAGUGGAACCAUACAUCUCCAAACUCACCUGUGAUUUAUUCAUGGUAUGCAUUUGCAGGGAGUCUGCUCUGGACCACUAUUAAUUCCACAGGUUAAAACAUAAUGGUCCUGAACAAAACUAUACUGAGCUUAGGUAAAUUUCAAAGCAGUUCAUUCUUCAACAUUUAUAUUUGCAUGAACUGUUUUGACCUACUAGUAACUACAAAGGUUAAGAAGUGAGUUUAAAGAAAGAUACAGUGAGAUUAGUAAGGCAGAUCUGUUACAAAGUCCAUUCUGGACAAUAUUUUGUAGCAUUUGUAUCUACAUUAUAAAGUCUAUGCAUAUAGGCUACAGCACUUACAAUUAUCUAUCUACAUUGUAAGCCAUGUGGGUAUAAAUUGGAGUAUUUACAACUACCCAUCUACAUUAUAAGACCUGUGGGUAUAGUCAGUUUCCUUCACUAGCAUAUUCUUCCACGGUUCCAGUUGUUAUCAGGAUCUCCGGAAAGUAACUAUCUAGUGGAUAAUGAACACAAAAAAGGAAAUUAUUGUUUUACACUAGUUGAGUGGGCAGUUAACACUAUACAGAGAGAGAUAGAGAGAGAGUGCUGGUUCUCCCUCUAAAUGCAGAGAAAAAAAGGGGACCAUGGGAGACCAGUCUGGCUUGACUUGGACUUGUGUUUCUCCUGCCACAUCUGUACUGUUUGCACUGCCACUGAAGGCUUUACUAUGGUGAACUCAGACUACUUUCUUUUUGUUACUAAUUCUAAAUGUUGAGACCUGACUGUAUCCUUAAGUUAGUUUGAUAUUAAAAAAGAGAAACUAGGUAAGAGAACCAAAUUUUCAUGUGAACAGUUAUCUCAGUGUGAGGAAGUUACUUGGAUAUGCAAGAACUGACUGGUAAGGUAACUAAACUCAAGUAAACAGUUAUUUAAUUGUGAAGAAUAUGAUGAAAAACUAGUUUACUGUAUCCUCAAGUUACUUGGAUAGAAAAGAAUAGACUGGGUAAGGGAAUCAAACAGUUAUGUAAACUUCUAGCUCAGUUUGAGUAAUGCAGUGAUGGACUGGGUGAGGAUUAGGAUGAAGAUACUGUGAGGUGCCUAAGAGUGAGUGUAGUCAGCAGUACACAGUAAACCAUCCAUAAUCUCAGGAUACCAGAGCAGAAUGUGGGUGAUUGGUACAAACUUGAGGCAUCAUUUUAGUUGGCUAAGUGGACAUUUUGUGUGUCAUUUUGUGGUGCAUUGCCAUCUCUCCUAUUUUUUGUUUAUAUUCUUUAAGCAUUUGUGGUGAGCAGAAUGUAUUGUUGACCCUCGCUAACUUGAACUAAUGGAGAAAGGUUGUUCAAGAAAUACAAAUGAUACUUAUACAAAUUCCCCCCUCCUCCCAUUCCAAAAAAAGAAAAAAGAAUGGGCAGGCAGUUCAACUCUGACUCUAGAGGCACAGUGCAAGAUUUAUUUUGGGUUUAUUGUCUCUCCAAAACCUUCAGUGCUGAUGGCUCCCUCCAAACCCUCACAUACGACUGAAUAAUAUUUUCUGGAGAAGCAGGGAUCUGGUGCAUUAUCAUCCUAUCAUGCUCCAGGAAGUCACCAUUGAAUAAAAAUCUUGUGUGAAAAUUUCAUGAAAAACCUUUUGGAGUGAAUAUCUCAAAAAACUUUUUUUUAAUUUUUCACAAAAUUGGUAUGAACUCUGAUUGACUUUUGUUGGUAUAAUUUUAAACUAAAACUAAAAUGUAAUUUUUUUUUGUUGGAAUUAAAUUUUAUAAUGUCAAUAAAAAAUGAGAUAUAGUUAAGUGAGAAAAAAAAAAUGGGGGGGCAGUUCAACUAGGACUUUAGUCCGACUCAUCAUGAAAUCUGACUUAUCAGGGUCUGAGUUAUUGAGGUUCAACAGUAUUUCUGUCAUGAAGGGUUUGAUUUAAUAAAUGUUCUUUUUUUGUAUAUAUAAUUCAUAUAUCUGUUUAUUUUGUGUAGAAAAAUUCACUUUGACUUGCACCACAUUUUAAUACAGUUUUUCUUUA